UCUCUCAACCAUCUUUGAAUAAAUGCAAUCUUAGCAACAUGGAAACUUCUUCCGUUUUUAAUGGUUGAUAUGAAGACAUCCGUGAACGCAGUAACACACUCGUUUUCUUCUUUUUUUUUUUCCCUUCGGCAUAAACCAACUCCCUCAAGGAAAAUCAGUCAAUCACAAACUCCUUUCUUGUUUUCUCACUUUCUUUUUUGUUUUCCCUCUUACCAAACAAGAUGGAGAAAUCCCUAGCACGAUACCAGAAUCACCAUCCCCAGGAGAAGAAGGAAAAACUUCAACAACAACAACAACAAAAGCAAAGUCAAAACCAGGAGAAGGCCAAGCAGCAUCCUGUUUGGGACUGUGGUAGCAAUCUUUAUGACUCGUUUGAACUCAACUCCUUCAACCGUCAACUCGACUCAGCAAUCCAUUCAAGAACCAUGUCCAUGCCUCAUCUAGUCGACAGAGCUCCUCCACAGUCAACCGCCUCUGCCCUUCCGCCUCCAGUUUCCAAGAAGCAGUUUUCCAAGUUCUCUCGGUCUAUUCAAAAACUCUUCAAAUCCAUGUUUAGAUUCAGACAAAGUUCGAGUUCUUCCCUUAUGUGGCUGAAACAAAGAUCGCACGACGACUACUACGUGGUUUACGACAAGACAGGUUCGCUCACAACCAUCCCCGAGGUCCCGGAGAUUGAUUUUGGAGGGCUUUCGCCGGAGAUUAACGCCUUGGUUGCUAAGAGAACUGCAUCCGAAAGAUUCACUGCAGCCUCCACUGUCGGUAUUUCAUGUGCUUGAAUUACAAAAACUAUAAAGAAGCAUAUACAGAUUACUGAUAGUAUAUCUGCACAAUGAAGAUGCAGUCAAAUAGUUUGUGGAUAUUUUUUUAACAAUAUUUUGAAGUUUUUUUAGGAUGUUUUCUUUUAGUCCUUAAGGUUAGGUUACUUGGUGUUUUGAACUUUGACCUAUUCAUAUCUAAAUAAUGAACUGGAUUGAGUCAUUUCUUUA